GCGCUGCUGGGAGCGCGGCGGGCGGCGGGCGGCGCCGGGAGCCCCGCGGCCAUGUCCUCCCAGUCUCACUGGUUGACGACAGAGGAAAGGAAUCAAGUUUUACUGGAUCUCAAAGCUUCAGGCUGGUCUGAGCUGGGAGAAAGAGAUGCCAUCUACAAGGAGUUCAAUUUCAAAAAUUUUAAUCAGGCCUUUGGAUUUAUGACACGUGUUGCUCUCCAGGCAGAGAAGAUGAACCACCACCCAGAAUGGUUUAAUGUCUACAGCAAGGUUCAGAUAACUCUGAUUUCCCAUGACUGCGGUGGGCUGACCAAGAGAGACGUGAAGCUGGCUCAGUUUAUCGACAAAGCUGCUGCCUCAGUUUAACCAGGAUAUAAAUAGCUUUAAUACAGUGUCCACUGAUAUUUUGUUUUUAAAUGAUAUCUCUUUUUCCCAGUAAUCCUGAUUUCCAAAACCUGUAGAGGGAAGAUAUUUUGUAAAAGGAGUGGCUGAGCUUUUCUGACCUUCAGUACCUUAAUCGUGAGACCCCUUUGGCUGCCUGUGCUUGUCCUUUCCCAUUGCUGGUUCUGCAGGAGGAUGCAGUGGAUAAACCAGCAAUAAAUAAGUUUUGAGCAAUCCUUUUUUAGACACUAAACUGUGCUGGAAUGAAACCAGGAGCCCACCCGUGUGUGUUGGUGUUCCCCAAGCUCACAGGGACUGGUCCAGCUGCCAUAUGAGUUUCCCCCAUGCCUGGCCACUUCCCUCCUAUGGUUUUGUACAUCUCUGCACCUCAAACAGUGUAAGAGCAGCCUGGCCAGGUCAGUCCCCUCUGCCUUGGCACCAUCAUCUCUGCCAGUGACCAGUGACAAGUGCAAGGAUGCUGGGGAGAGCAGUGCAAGCUGCUGCUGCUAUGUCCUUGGAGUUGCAGCUCAACUGGCAGAAACAGCUGUAUCCAGAGCUGCUGCUUGAGAGCCUUUCCCCGUCUGAGAGUACAGAAUCACAUAACCACAGACUGGUUUGGGUUGGAAGGAGCCUUAAAGGUCAUCUCAUUUCACCCCUCCUGCUGUGGGCAGGGUCACCUUCCACUAGACCAGUUUGCUCCAAGCCUCACCCA